AUGGUGGUUUUCCGAUAUGAUGUUGUUGUUGUUGUUGUUGUUGUUCUUCUUCUACGUUUUCCUCUUCUUCUUAGUCUUGGAGUGAGACGGCCUUGGGACGGCGGGAGGGCUGGAGGGCUGGAGGGCAAUGCAAAUGCUGAUAUCCAGCGCGCAUUUAUCUAUUCACAUCGGAGGCAUAUUGGCCCCUCCGACAGUUCCGGCAUUUCCGGCCCCAAGACUCACGACUCGGCCCGUGGUCACCAUCCUUCCCAGACCCCCAAACUGCCUGACCGAAUCAGUAAUGAUAUCAACAAUGUCCUGAACACCGAUGUGGAAGUCAACGUUGCCGUCUGUCCCCUGGGCCUGAACCCCAAAGGCACACGAGCCAAACUGCACAGGCUGGUCCUGACUGCCGAUCGCCUUCUCAACCUUCCGUUCGCCAUCAGUAUUCGGAUAUUCUUCACGACCUGUAUGCAGUCCGACACACUGGAGGACGCGUCCCUGGUCUGGUCGACGACAAGUCAAGUCUCCGCAGCGGUUGGGCGCCUGGUGCGGGAUGCAUGGGUAAUUGACCACGUUGGUGUAUAG